AUGCUUGGCCAUCACGAGGAGGCGGUUACACCAACGGACUCUGUUGACAGUACGACUGGAAACCAGGAUGGUGACGUUGAAAUGGAAAACACCCCAUCAAUUGAAACAGAAACAAAAGCAGUAAAUGACAAUGAAGAGCCUAUUUCAGGAGCAGACGGGGCAUCUGGUAAGAUAUCCCCAGGGCACAGAUCACGUUCUAGGUCUGCUAGACCAAAUUACAAAAUUGAUACUGACGGACUGGAUAUUCUCGAUGAUACUGAUGCAGCAGAUCCAGACGUGGACUACGAUGACCCUGAUAACAAGGAUGACGAUUACAAGGAAUACGAGGAUGAAGAGGAUAAGAUAACAACAAACCCCAGAAAGAGAAGACAUGUUGAUGAAGAUGAUGAUGAGGAAAAUGUUGUUGAUGAAGGCGAUGAAAGUAAUUUAGGUGAGGACGAUGAACAUGAAGAACCUAAGCAAUCUCGAAGUAAUUCUAUUCAUUCCAGUAAACCUCCCCAUAAUAAGAAACUUCAUGUUACUACAAGUGUUCCAGUUGAUGAAGAUGGUAAACCUUUAGCACCUGUUAACGAAGAAUAUCCUUUACCGCUUGAUGCUGAAGGUGAAACAAAGAUAACUGAAGACGGUGAUUUAUUAGGCGGUAGGGAAUUUUUAAUUCGUACAUUUACGUUGUCAGAUAAGGGGAACCGUAAAUUUAUGCUUUCCACAGAAUGUGCUAGAGCUGUCGGGUAUAGAGACUCGUAUCUCUUCUUUCAAUACAAUAAGAAUAUUUUCAAGUUUGUUCUAUCACAGCUACAAAAGAAUGAUUUGAUAGAAAGAGGAAUAUUACCAUAUUCCUAUAGAAGUAGGCAAAUUGCGUUAGUGACAGCCAAAGGUAUAUUUAAAGUUUUUGGUGCCAAAAUCAUACGAAAUGGUAAAAACAUUACUGAUGAUUAUUAUGCAAUAAGCUUACGUGAAGAAGGGAAGGUUGUUGAGGGAACAUAUGCCAGGGAACCUGAAGUAUACAAGAAGUCUUCCACUAGAGGAAGAGAGGGAAUAGAAUUACAGGAAAUCGAUGCUGUGGUGAAUCCAGCUAAAAACGCUGUUGAAUUUUUUGAAAAGAGGGGGCAUGGUCAUAUGAAUGCAACCAAUAUAAUUGCUACGGGAAGUCAAUUAAGUGCCACAAAUUGGCUAUAUCAACAUGCAGCGGCAAGUAGUAGGUUCAACAGUGAUAUGUAUUAUGAUAGAGUUCGUCUAUUAUUGAUCGAAAGGCAAGGGUUAAGAGACCCAUAUACCAACGUAUUACAUUUACCAGAAUCCACCCAAUCUUCUAAGAUUGUGGGCUGGUACAAGAAGGAAGGUAAACCCACUGAAGGAAAUAUAGUCUAUGAAACUGUUAUUGAAGAUGUAGACUUAACGAAGCCUGUUACUGGACUUUCGAGUCUAUCCAAUGAAAUCUUUGAUGGAAUAGUAGACGAUGAUGUCAAAAGAGCCAUUAUAGAGCAACAAGAAUUUGAGAAAAAUUUGAAAUAA